AUGGGUGACUGGAGCUUCUUGGGAAACAUAUUAGAGGAAGUAAAUGAACACUCGACGGUGAUUGGGAGGGUGUGGCUCACAGUGCUCUUCAUCUUCCGGAUCCUCAUCCUGGGCACAGCCGCUGAGUUUGUGUGGGGCGACGAGCAGUCGGAUUACGUGUGCAACACCCAGCAGCCUGGUUGCGAGAACGUGUGCUACGACGAGGCUUUCCCCAUCUCGCACAUCCGUCUGUGGGUUCUCCAGAUCAUCUUUGUGUCUACGCCCUCGCUGGUGUACGUUGGCCACGCUGUGCACUAUGUCCACAUGGAGGAGAAGCGCAAGGAGCGCGAGGAGGCCGAGCUGAACCGCCAGCAGGAGCUGAGUGAGGAGAGGUUGCCGCUAGCGCCUGACCAGGGUAGCGUGCGCACCACCAAGGAGACCAGCACCAAGGGCAGCAAAAAGUUCAGGCUGGAGGGCACCCUGCUGAGGACCUACAUCUGCCACAUCAUCUUUAAGACGCUGUUCGAGGUGGGAUUCGUGGUGGGCCAGUACUUCCUUUACGGCUUCCGCAUCCUGCCGCUGUACCAGUGCAGCCGCUGGCCCUGCCCCAACACCGUGGACUGCUUCGUGUCGCGCCCCACCGAGAAGACUGUCUUCAUCAUCUUCAUGUUGGCCGUGGCAUGCGUCUCGCUCUUCCUCAACUUCGUGGAGAUCAGCCACCUGGGCCUGAAGAAGAUCCGCUUCGUGUUCCGCAAGCCGCCGCCCCAGACCCAGGGCGGUCAGGACGGCGAAGGCCAGAGCCCAACCGGGGAAAAGAGCCUGCACUCCAUGGCCGUGUCGUCCAUCCAGAAGGCCAAGGGCUACCGGCUGCUGGAGGAGGACAAACCCGCAUCGCACUUCUUCCCCUUGACAGAGGUGGGCAUGGAGGCAGGCAGGCUGCCCGCACCUUACCAGGCGGGAAGUGAGAACGUCUCUAAAGUGUAUGACGAGUCUUUGCCUUCCUACGUCCAGACCACGGGGGCGGAGGUGAGGGUCCUACCGGAAAGCGGCGAGGACGAGGGCCCCGCGGACCCCGGCGUGGAGGCUACCGACACGAUAGCAGACACCAGACCACUCAGCAGUUUAAGCAAAGCCAGCAGCAGGGCAAGGUCAGACGAUUUGACAGUAUGA